AUGGACGCUAUACUCGAGCUCCUCGACCCGUAUGUCUUCGAUUACGGAUACGCAUACCUUUUCCCCCAACAACAGCUCCAAUCAACAAAGGCAUACGGAAACUCAACAAACUACGCCUCGUCUUCCAAGAACUUUGACGAUGAGUACUCUCUCAACUUUGGCUCGUCACUACCGCGCGACGACAUCUACCGCCAGAGCGCUUCCAUUCUCUUGAUCGCUGGCUUCGGCGCCGCCUUCAUCUAUGUCAUUUCCGCCGCCCUUUCGUACUACUUCGUUUUUGAUCGCCGUCUCGAAUAUCACCCUCGAUUCCUCAAGAACCAGAUCAAGCUCGAGAUCCAGUCUAGUUUCUUCGCCAUUCCCAUUAUCGACCUCCUCACGCUCCCUUUCUUCCUUGGAGAAGUGCGCGGUCACAGUCUGCUGUACACACGAAUUGACGAGUACGGCUGGUGGUGGUUGGCCGUGUCUACUGCCCUCUACAUGAUCUUUAACGAUCUUGGCAUUUACUGGAUUCAUCGCCUUGAGCACCAUCCCAGUAUUUACAAGUAUGUUCACAAGCCUCACCACAAGUGGAUCAUUCCCACCCCCUGGGCUGCCAUUGCUUUCCACCCUGUCGACGGGUACCUCCAAUCCCUCCCUUACCAUGUCUUUGUCUACAUCUGCCCCAUGCAGAAGCACCUUUACAUGUUCCUCUUCGUCUGCGUUCAGAUCUGGACCAUCCUUAUCCACGACGGCGACAUGAUUACUGGCCAUUGGCUCGAAAAGUUCAUCAACAGCCCUGCCCACCACACUCUCCACCACAUGUUCUUCACCUGCAACUACGGCCAAUACUUCACAUGGGCCGACAACUACUGGGACUCUCACCGUGCUCCCAUGCCCGAGCUGGAUCCUAUUCACGAGGCGGUCCGAGUCAUGCGCGAGAAGGGCUUGGUGGACAAGGAUGGAAACCCCAUCAAGAAGUCCAAGGAUGAGUAA